UGCAUUUCGGCUUCGCUGAGGUGUUUGAAUGACGAUGUCUGCUGCUUGACGGAUAUUCGCUGUGUUAUUAUGGAUUUUAGUACGAGCUCGAAAACAGUAUGUGAAACGUUGAUCGACACGACUGCUUUACUAAAGGGGGACUACUGAACGCCGGAAUACUAUAACACUGCUUAUAUUCGACGUUGUGAACUGCACCAUUGAAAGACGGAACCGCGGUGCGAGACCAGGAGACCGGUGAAGGAGGGUUAUAAAGGCGUGGCGUGUGUCAGAUAAAAAUUACCAGCACAUGAUCACCGAUGGUUGACCCCUAUCUUUGAAAACCGUUUUAUUAUUAGCACGUUUAUUAUUUAGUAUUUCAGUGUUGUACUGUACAGUUGUGUAUUGCCCAUUGAAAACAAGUGGUUUCACGCGAAUUCAUGCGAUCGCGGGCGGUUCUUUGGGGUUAGUGUUGAGUUCUGGCGGCGAGACCUCACCUCAGAUGACCUCACUGGGAAAUCCAAUGUACGGUUAGUGCCAUGGCCAGCGUCAGCACCAAGUUGUUACGUCCUGUGGCGCAGACGAUGUACUAACAGGGCGUUUAUCGCCGUCUUACUGGUGAUGACACCGGUAAUUAUGUUAUCGACCCACUUCCACAGUGAGAUUCUCGAGUACGACCGAGGAGUCGGUUCCAUCGACGGGAAAGCUGAAUACCAUGGGUACGAGGCCGAUCGUGCAGUGCAGACCGCGUCAAAUCCAAACCGUACAGUCGCCAUGAAAGGUGUUUCACGUAAGAACGAGUCCACAUGGCUGAGCAAGAGACCGCCAGAUGUUGGAAUCGAUGCCAAAACAGCACAAGAAGACAAAGAACGAAGUAUACAGAUUAUUUCGGGGUUACCAGUCGUAUAUGCGGGUUGUUACCAGGACUACCGAGAAACCAGCAAACGUACUCUACAAGGCAACAUGUGGCAUGAUAACAAGGGGAUGACAGUCGACGCAUGUGUGACACACUGUUCUAAAAAGGGAUUAGUCUAUAUUGGCCUUCAGUACAGUGUCGAGUGCUGGUGUUCCAGUACACUGCGUCCGGCGCGUGUUAACGAGAAUGGUUGCAACAUGAAGUGCUCGGGGGACCCGCAGCAGAUGUGCGGCGGUCAGCUUUAUUUGUCAGUUUACCACAUUACUAAAGAUCAACCAGAAAAUUCAAAGAUCAUAAAUAAAAAAGAAGAUCACAAAGAGCCCGAUGGUAUACUUGAAGGAUUUAAAGGCUGCAUAGAAGUUGGGGAUACCGACAAUGUUUUCUUACACGGCUUCUCGCAAACUGACUCCUCAAUGUCUGUGCUGGGAUGCAAGUCCACGUGCGUGCAAAAGAAGUUUUCAAUUGCCGCCCUCACCGGUGGUAACCAGUGCCACUGCGGCCAUCUUGAAAAUACUUUUAACUACCAGAAUCCAGCCAAUCACAGUCGGUGUAACAUACCAUGUAGCGGCUUCCAGGGACAUUACUGUGGUGGCAGCAAUCACGCUUCGCUUUACCUGACAAAUUUUGAAGAUCCAAGAUGCCAGAAUGCUAGUUUCAAAAAAGAUGGUUCCAUGCCUCUCGUAGCACUAGCAAGUUUUCCUGGAUCGGGUAACACCUGGGUACGCCAUCUAAUUGAACGCUCAUCGGGAAUAUACACCGGUAGUUUUUACACGGACGGGGAACUCUACAAGAAAGGUUUUAAAGGUGAAAAAGAGAACUGGAAGAAAAGAAAUACUAUUGUGGUGAAAACGCACGAUUUUAAUCCCGACCUUAUUAAGGAAUACGAUGCCGCCAUAGUCGUUAUAAGAAACCCAUACAAGGCAAUGGUCGCGGAGCAUAACAGGAAAUUCGGAGGCCAUACUGGGUACGCUACCGAGGAUAAAUACAAGAAAGGAUCCGAAUGGCAAGAUUUUGUGAUGGGGAAGUCGCGUACUUGGACAAACACAGCAAUGAUGUGGCUACAGAACUGUCCAAAAGUAUUGGUCGUCCACUUUGAAGAUUUGAUACAACAUAUGAACCGAGAGCUUCGCAGAAUGAUGGAGUUUCUCAAUGUUGACAUCAACGAGGAACGGCUGCUGUGUGCUGAAAUGGAUUCUGAAGGCAAGUUCAAAAGACCAACCAAGAAAACAAAGAUGUUGACCUUUGACCCGUUUACUCAGGAAAUGCGCGAAUAUGUGGACAUAUAUAUAAAAACAGUUGCCAUGGCGCUGAAGUUACACAAUCAGCCUGAUUUACCAAAAGAAUACAACCCAGGUCUCAGCUCUGACGUCCGUUGGAUAUGCACAUAUAUGGUGUAUUAGUAUUACAACUGGGCAGUUCCAGUCCGCCGAAACAUUUUAGUGGGUUUCAAUACAAUCUGCAAUUACCGAAAAUGUGUAUUUUGUAUUUUUUUGGCGUCAUCUCGUUAUUAAUGCCACCCUCAGUCGUGUGACUACAACUAGACUAAAUUAUAGUCACAUAAACAACUUAUAAAGUCUAAGCGCCAGUAACGUUCGUAAGACUCGUAAGCAAAGCAUCAGAAAAACAAGUAUUCGUAGCCUUAUUACUCAUUGGUUGGUCACAUAUCAAAAUGAAUUCAGUUGGUGCUUCAGUCAAAUUAUGACAGUCUUGUUCUCUUUGGUUAACGACGAUUCACUUCUUUUACGUCGUGUUCGGGAAUAGGGAACAUAGCUAAACCUUUUAUAAUAAGUUGUAAUUUAAUCAGAAAUGUAAUGGGUUAUACUUUCAAUUAUGUCCUUGGGCAAGUUUCGAUUUGGUUUAUUUAGUGUCCCACAGAUACCGUCUUUGUAAAUGUUGUACAGAAAUCACUCCCUUCGGGGUACUCACGUGUUGCUUUUAUGAUUUCGUGUUAUCAAAAGGAAAAACAUUGGCGCAAAGUAAUACAUAUGUUAUGCCACGUCUAAUAUUGGUUCGUGCAAUUGAAUUUUCUACCUCGUGGGUAGUCAUAUUGUUUUCAACUAUUUGUCACUGAAUUUCUUUUUUUUUUACACGAAACUUCGAUUUAUAUCGUGUAUUUUGAUGGUUACUAUAUAUAUAUAUUUUGUUUUCAAUCAAAGUAAUAUAACACAAUGCAACGCGCGUGGAUUUUUUUUUUCUCUCCUCAUGGUUCAUAAAACUUGAUUCAAAAACAGUUCAAUGCAGAUUUGUUUGAAUAUUGUAAUUUCAGUUUCCUUCAUUGUUUUCUUCAAUUUUGAAAAUUAUCUUCAGAUAUAUAACCGGAGUGCAAAUUAAAUAGCUUAUUUCAGAUGGCUAAUAAUCCGGGGUUAAUGUAAGGUAACUUAUUAGUUAAAUGUAUUCGCAAUAAAUAAUCGAUUCGACACGCGUUUAAAACAACUGUCGCCACGCAGCGCACUACAGACGCCACGCAGCGCGGUAUGGACGCCA